UCCUCUGGCGUAUAGCACGCAUGCGCGGUGCGGAUUAAACUCCCUACCUAGCUCUAUGUAAAGCGUUAGAAAUGGUUAUAAACCCUCAGUGUUUGGCAUUAGUAUGUUUAGUCGAACAUUAAAUUAUAUAUAGAUAUAUAUAUAUACACAGAUAUAUAUAUAUAUUCACCUUUAAAAAAAAGGUUUAAAACGAAAAUAGUUAAGGCUAAACCAUGUAACUGGCUAUUUAGCUUAGCAGCAGAGAUCCAGCUAUGCCCAAGAAAACAGAACUGAACACUGUCAUCUGAUUCGACUGGUUUCUUGUUUGGAGCUUCUUGAGAUUAUAAAAAGUGUUUCUUGAAAGGAAAUCUUGCUGAGAAUGAAUUAGGACCACAUGGCAUCAGAGGAAAUGGAGGGCAUGUGCCCUCUGCCAGACAUGACUACCAUUAAAGUGGAACCUGCUGUCACUAUUGGCACAGCGGAGGACGGCGGCUCGCAGAAUGUGGCCAUGGGCCCCAAAUUCAUCCUGCCCAACCGCUUUGACAUGAACGUGUGCUCACGCUUUGUGAAAUCUCUGAACGAGGAAGAGAGCAAGAACAUCCAAGACCAGGUGAACUCUGACCUGGAGGUAGCCUCAGUCUUGUUUAAAGCGGAAUGCAACAUUCAGACCUCUCCAUCUCCUGGGAUCCAGGUCAGACACGUAUACACACCUUCCACCACCAAGCACUUCUCUCCGAUCAAGCAGUCUACCACUCUUACCAAUAAGCACCGUGGCAACGAGGUCUCCUCCACUCCGCUGCUUGUCCACUCUCUGUCCAUUCACCAGCUUGCAGCUCAAGGAGAAAUGAUAUACUUAGCGAGUCGAAUAGAACAAGAGGCAGCAAUAAACCUCCAGGAUGAAGAGGGUUUUACACCACUAAUGUGGGCUGCAGCUCAUGGUCAGAUUGCUGUGGUGGAGUUUCUACUCCAGACUGGUGCUGACCCCCACAUUCUGGCUAAAGGAAGAGAAAGCGCAUUAUCCUUGGCCUGCAGUAAAGGCUACACAGACAUCGUCAGAAUGCUCAUUGAAUGUGGCGUAAAUGUCAAUGAAUACGACUGGAAUGGAGGAGCUCCUAUACUCUAUGCGGUUCACGGGAACCAUGUCCGCUGUGUGGAAAUACUCCUGGAGAACGGAGCUGACCCAACCAUGGAGUCCGACUCGGGUUUUAACGCGAUGGACAUGGCAGUCGCAAUGGGCCAUAGACAUGUUCAGCAGGUGAUGGAAGCACAUCUCCUCAGGCUGCUGCAGGGAAUCAAAGAGUGACACCAACUAGUGAAGAAAAACCCAGAGGUGCAAAAAGGACACGUAUUGAAGACUAUAUUAUUACUGUGGAAGUCUUUUAGAGAAAACCGACAAAAGUUGUGCAUGUUUACAUUAGUUUGAAAUGACAGAAGCUAAUUUGAAUCUUCCAUUUAUCCUUUUUUUUUUUUUUUUUAAACCAUUGUGGUGUGAACUUGUGUACUGUGGAUAUUUAUUUAGUGAUGUGUAAAAUUGUAGUGUGUGCACCUGUUCAAGGUUUUUCUAUGAAAUAACUGUUCGUAAAUAAAGUUCAACAGGCAAAACAAUAGAAUGCACUUGAUCUUUAUGGAAAUCCCACACUGAAUAUUCCACAAUUAAGUUAGAGAGACAAGAGUCUUUUACUUGUCACAUGUACAUUACAGCACAGUGAAACGCUUUCUUCGCCUAUCCCAGUGGGGUUAGGAAGCUGGGGUCCGGGUACAGAGGUUUAAGGGCUUGCUCAGGGGCUCAUCAGGGGCAGCUUGGCAAUUCUAGUGUUUGAACCCCCAAACCUUCAAUCAGUAAACCAGACCCCAAAACCACUGGGCGACCACUAGCACUGUGGAGCAUACAGAGUAUUAAAGUAAAAUUUGCCAAGGAGUUUUCUACAGAGCCUGAACACCUUUGGGAUGGACAACAGGAUCGAAGCUAAGACUGAUCACCCACCAUCACUACCGGACCUUUCUAAUGCUUUUGUAGGUGCAUGAGCACACAUCCUGAUCCAAAUCACAUUCUAUUUAAUCUAGCCUAAAGCCUCUCCAGAAGCGUGGUGAUUAUGGAUGCAAUGGUCAGGUGCCCACAAUCUAGAUCUAUUUGUUGGUGUUGGGCAACAGUCAUCUUUGCUUUGCAUUGAACCUAAAUAAAUCAAUAAUUUACAGUGUGAAUGAGAUUGUGUGAACUUUUUCUAAAAAUAGUUUUAAAUGUAGUACUCAAGCGUAAUUCAAUUCAACCUGGCUUUACCCUGUGCUAUUUUUACCCACAUUUAUAAAGAGACCGUGUUGAUGCUUUAUUACUUGGCUACGUUCUGGAUUUGGAUAAGAUUUGGUUCGGAUCAUCUUAUGUAGUGUGUAUACAAAAAAACCCUCAAAUUUGUAUGUAAUUUGUAUUUAACUGUAAUUUAACCAAAUUUUUUUUUUUUUUUACACUGGAAGGAAAAACUCACAAAGCAAACUAAAGCUGCUCAUUUAGUUACAAUGGACCAUAAAUAUUUACUCAGAAGCUACACAGGAAAAUGUUUUAUUUUUUCAGAAAACUAAUGUUAAGGGGAAAAAAAGAUGACAGGACAGCAAAGUAUUUAUUAAGCUCAUCAAUAGCAAAUGUUUAUUUCCAGAUGUGGGUUUCAGCUAGAUUGCAAAGGAGAGUCUCAGUAACGAAGAGAUGGGCAGGGUGCUCUGGGAUUCGCACACACUCACCAUGACACUUCUCACACACUCAGCCUAGGCACAGGGGGAACACAGCAGUGCAUGAGAGA